AGUCUAAAUUUAUUCUUGGCCUUAUUUUAACGGCGUGUCUUUAAAAAAAAAUUAUUCCACGACUUCGAGAAAGGUAGAAUAUUCAAAGAUUUUCGCGUUCGAAUCAAAGUUCAACCUUACACCCUGUCGUCGAAGCAAAGAGAGAAACGCGAAGGCGCGAAAUACACCUUGUCACCGCUAUUACCAUUUCCCAGAAUUACGAUAAUCUUUCGAACGGAAGAGGAGGGAAAGGAACGUUCUUUCUUUGGGCAACGUAAUGCGCACGUGCCGGCUCUAACCGACUUCUGAAAACGCGGCUUAGGUCGCGUCUAUAUAUUCCCACCGUCGUUGGAACUGGGUCACAGUUCUGCCCAUCGGGGGUAUUAAAACAAUCCCUAAGCUCUCCGCUUGGCAAGGGUGCGGGGUGGAGGGGUGGGCGUGUGCCAAGGGGAGGGGCAAAUAACACGGCGAGGGAGGCGAGCGACACGCGUAGGAGAAAGAGCAAGGGUGAAAAAAAAAAAAAAAAAGAAAGGAGAGAAAAGAAGGUGAUGCAGAGGUCUGAAAAGUUACGAGUCAGAAGGGGUACGCGGGCCAGGUGACGUGUAAAUGCGAGCAAGCGAGAGAGGCGGCAGGUGGUUGUUGCUUGUCCGGUUGCUGCAAGGAUAAAGGGAAGAAGGAACCGGAACCGGUUUCGAGAUGCUGUGCCGAGCGAAAAUGAAAAACACUUUUCAUUUUUGAUUAAAAUUCUGUAGUAUCACAGUAUCAUUCGAUGUAAUUUCAUACUCUUGAUAUAAUAAACGAUUCUUUCAAAUUACACACGUCUCCUCCUCACGUCGAGUGCAUAAGAGUGCAUAGAGUACACGUACAAUGAUAAGCGUAGAAAUCGAUUAGAGAGAGAGAGAGAGAGAGAGAGAGUCGAAAGUAUUUUCUCCGGACGUAGGAUAAUCCCUUUCGAGAUUAAUAUUUCGAGAAUGAUUUUUCGAGAAUUCAUCAUAUAUUGAAAUAUAUUCGCGCCCCUCUCGCACUCGACAAAUGAAAGCUGCCGCGUAAUUAACCAAAAUCCAUCCCAAGUUAUAAUCAUGCGUCAUUAAACAAUUUUGGAACAAACUUCUAAAUUUAUCAAGUAGUAAUCAUGUGCGACCACUGCAGAACUUACAAAUCAAUGCUGAAAGAAGGGGACAACGGUAAAACAUGUUAUCAGAUGGAGAUGUCAAAACCCAUCAGCAUGCAACCCAUCACCAUGCAACCUAUCAGCAUGCAACCUAUCAGCAUGCAACCCAUGGCAUCGACGAAGCAAACCAGGAAUCUGGACGCCGAUUCGACGGGUUGCUGCUCCUGGAGGAAGACCUGCUGCGACGGGAUGUGUUGCAGGCACGUAGGCAACUGCUGCGCCACAGGACUGGAGCCUCGAGUGGUCGAAAAACCGAUGCCUACUUACCCAACUUAUCCCACUUAUCCAGUCAUCCAACCAACACCGAUGCCAGCGCCUUAUCCGCCCGCCGCUUAUCCUUAUCCCUCCGUUGAAGUGGCUCCCCCCGAGAUGCCUGAGAGAGUGCCCUGCAGUCAGGAGAAGAAGCUGCCUCUGUGUUACGGGGGCGAUUGUCAAGAGAUGAACCAGUGCAAGAAUAAGGAUAUCGUAAGCGAUGUGGAGCCGAGGCAAUCCGAGCGAUAAAGGAAAUAUCGAACGAGGAUGACGACGACGACGAUCGAAUGAAAAUGGACGGCCACGUUCCUCCCUCCAGGCAAGGGUGUAUAGAGUCUAAAAAGCGACGUUGUUGCCAAAUUUGGAAGGAAAAUUAGUUAAGAAGGAUUAUUCUAUUCUUUUUCUCGGAAAACGCGAAACUUGGUCUUCGCCAUCCCGUAUACACUUCGCAGAUGGAUAUACUUUGAAAAUGAAAUUUCCCGGAGGGGGAGAUGGAAUAAAAUAAAUUAUCUCGGUUUUCCGUUCGCUCGCGAGCAAAAGUUGGACAACAACCCCUCCAUAAAACAAAAAAAAGAGACCGCGAUUGUCUCUAGAAAAAGUUCAAAGAAGAAAAGCGGAAGCAGACCACGCGUUUACACCGAGAUGAUAAAUAAUAAUUUUAUCCUCGACACUUUAAUCUCUCAUCCGACCCAAAUCUUGACGGAGGAAAUUAGCAUUAUCAUCUUCUAUAAUUUUUCCCUCGUUACUUUUGUGUUUUUUUGAAAUUCAAAUUUCGCGAAAUGUAAGAAAAUUUAUACAAGAAUCGACAGAGAAUGUGAAUUGCGCACCAAUUUCGUGAGAUGUUAUUAAACACUGUAAAAAAAGAAAAAAAAAAGCAAAAGAAAAAAAAGGGGAAAAAAAAACGU